AUGGCUGCUGGCAGCUCUACCUGGUGGUUGGCCAAUAUCCCACGCCAGGGCAAAUCUGCUUUUGGAGCCGCCGACUACAAGGUUUACCGCAACGUGAAGGAUUACGGGGCCAAGGGAGACGGAAGUACCGACGACACCGUCGCCAUCAACAAUGCCAUCACAGAUGGUCAGCGAUGCGGCCAGGGUUGCGAUUCGUCCACCACCACACCCGCUCUGGUCUACUUCCCUCCCGGUACAUAUGUCGUCUCCAAGCCCAUCAUCCAGUACUACUACACUCAGCUCGUCGGCGACGCCGUCAGCGUGCCUACUCUCAAGGCCGCAGCCAACUUUGCUGGCAUCGCCGUCAUUGAUUCCGACCCUUAUGACAACACGGGCAACAACUGGUACACGAAUCAAAACAACUUUUUUCGCCAAGUGCGCAACUUCAAGAUUGAUCUCACUGGCCUGCCCAAGUCCACCGGCACGGGUAUCCAUUGGCAGGUCGCUCAAGCCACGUCGUUGCAGAACAUUGAAUUCAAUAUGAUUCAGGACAGGUCGUCCGACAACAAGCAGCAAGGCCUCUUCAUGGAGAAUGGCUCUGGCGGUUUCAUGUCGGAUCUGGUGUUCAAUGGCGGCGCCCUAGGUGCCUUUCUGGGCAACCAGCAGUUCACCACUCGCAACCUCAAGUUUAACAACUGCAACACUGCCAUUUACAUGAACUGGAACUGGGUCUGGACCUUUCACGGAGUCUCCAUCAACAACUGCGGUACGGGCAUCAACAUGGCGAACGGAGGCAACGUCCAAACAGUCGGGUCCAUUGUCCUGGCCGACAGUACCAUCUCCAACACCCCCGUCGGCAUCACCACCGUUUACGAUCCCCAGCAGUCUGGCACCAACGGAACUCUUGUCUUGGACAACGUGGAUAUGACCCGCAACGUCCCCGUCGCUAUUCAAAACAACGACAACAAGGCGACCAUUCUUGCCGGAAAUGCCCUAAUCAGCUCCUGGGCUCAGGGUCGAUCCUAUACCGGUGCUACUGGCCAGGCUGGGCAGGGACCUCGAAGAUCCGUCCCCAAGCCGGCUGCUCUUACUGACAGCACUGGCAGAAUCGUCACCCGAAGCAAGCCCCAGUACAAUGACGUUGCCGCUUCCAGCUUUGUAUCUGUCAAGUCCAAGGGCGCCAAGGGUGACGGAAAGACGGACGACACCGCGGCCAUUCAGGCGGUGUUCAACAACGUUGGUCCCAACCAGGUCGUCUACUUUGACCACGGCGCCUACGUCGUCACCGACACCGUCAGAGUCCCGAAGAAUGUCAAGAUUGUUGGCGAGAUCUGGCCUCUCAUCCUUGCUGGCGGCAACUCCAACUUCAAGGACAUGUCAAAACCCAAGCCCGUGUUCCAGGUUGGCCGGAAGGGUGAUGUCGGCAACGUUGAGAUUCAGGACCUCAUGUUUGAGACGCAAGGUCCCCAACCCGGCGCCAUCCUCAUGGAGUUUAAUGUGGCUGGUCAGUCGCAGGGGUCGGCUGCCUUGUGGGAUGUCCACUUUCGUAUUGGCGGCUCUGCGGGAACCCAGCUCCAGUCGGACAAGUGCAGCAAGACUCCCAAUGUCCAGACCCGACCCGACCCUCAGUGCAUCGGUGCCUUCAUGCUGGUGCACGUCACCUGCUCCGCCAGCGCCUACUUUGAGAACACGUGGUUCUGGGUUGCGGACCACGAGCUCGAUCUCGGCGACCACAACCAGAUCAACAUCUACAAUGGCCGCGGUGUCCUGAUUGAGAGCUCCAAGGGUGCUUGGUUCUGGGGCACCUCGUCUGAGCACAGCCAGCUGUACAACUAUCAGCUCACCAAUGCCUACAACGUCUACAUGGCGCUGAUCCAGACGGAGACGGCCUACAUGCAAGGCAACCCCGACGCGCGUGUUCCCUUUACGGUCAACAGCAGGUACUCGGACCCCGACUUCUCCCACUGCAGCGGUGCUAAGUGCGCGCGCACCUGGGGCCUUCGCGUCCAGAACUCGAGCAACGUUUUCGUUUACGGCGGUGGCUUGUACAGCUUCUACGAUAACUACGGACAGGACUGCGUCAGCGCCAACAACUGCCAGGACAACAUGGUGUCGAUUGAGAACUCCAAGGUGGAAAUGUUUGGCAUUAGCACCAAGUCUAGUAUCACCAUGGUGACUCUGAAUGGCCAGGCAACCGCCAAGGAUGCUGACAAUCGCAACAACUUUUGCGCCGCGAUUGCCGCCUUUGAAUCAUAG